AGGAGCUCGGAAGUAAACACACGAGAUGUUUUGGACCAUUUUUCUGCUGUGUCAAGCUGCCCUGCUGUAUUUCAUUCUCACACACAGGACCAGAUCCAAGAGUGAGCCACCUUUAGACAAAGGUGUAAUCCCAUGGUUAGGCCACGCACUUGAAUUUGGUAAAGAUGCCUCAAAGUUCUUGAACCGAAUGAAGCUGAAACAUGGCGACAUUUUCACAGUGCGUGUCGCUGGACGUUACGUGACAGUCCUGCUGGAUCCACAUUCAUAUGACUCAAUAAUCAAUGACUCCGAAUCCCUGGACUUCACACGCUACGCACAAGUGCUCAUGGAGAGGAUUUUCAACUUGCGACUCCCAUAUCACCAGCCAGCCAAAGAAAAAGCAAUGAUGAAACAGCACUUCUUGGGAGGGAACUUUACUGCCCUCAACAGCACCAUGAGCAGGCAUCUGCAGGCCUUGCUGAAAGCUGAGAUGCCAGGGAACCAGAAAGACUGGAAAGAGGAGGGGCUGUUCAACUUCUCUUACGGCACACUCUUUAAGGCGGGGUACCUGACACUUUUUGGAGGGGAACAGAACAACAACAGUACAGACCCCUUAAAAGUCUACAAGGAGUACCGGAUGUUUGAUGAUCUCUUAACCAAAAUGGCGAGGGGCACAUUGAAGCCAGAGGAGAAGAGGACAGCACAGACUGUUCGGCAGAGGCUGUGGGAGCUUUUGGCUCAAGCAGGUCUGGCUGAGGACUCAGGGUCGAAUCCUUGGCUUCAUGCCUAUAGGCGGCUCCUGCAGGAGGAGGGGGCUGAUGAGGAGAUGCAGAGGAGGGCUAUACUGAUGCAACUCUGGGCCACACAGGGUAAUGUGGGUCCUGCUGCAUUUUGGCUGUUGGGUUUCUUGUUGACCAAUCCUGAGGCUCUGACAGCAGUUAGGAGGGAGUUUAACACGAUUUCACAUACGGAAACAUCAGAGGCUCGUCUGCUGGAUGGACCCGUGAACACUCCUGUGUUUGAUAGUGCCUUGGAAGAGACACUCAGACUCACUGCUGCCUCCUUCAUCACCAGAGAGGUAGUGCAGGAAAAAACUCUCCACAUGGCUGAUGGCCAAGAGUACCUGCUGAGGAGAGGGGACAGGGUGUGUUUGUUCCCCUUCAACAGCCCUCAAAUGGACCAUGAGAUUUACCACGAGCCACAGAAAUACAGGUACAAUCGCUUCCUGAAUGAAGAUGGAUCAGUGAAGAGAGAUUUUUAUAAAGGAGGGAAGCGGCUGAAAUAUUACACCAUGCCAUGGGGCGCAGGGGCCAAUGGCUGUGUGGGAAAACAGUUUGCCAUCAAUACCAUCAGACAGUUUGUCUACAUGGUGUUGACUAACUUUGAUUUGGAGCUGUGUGACCCUAAUGCUCAGAUGCCAGACGUAAAUCCUGGUCGUUAUGGAUUUGGGAUGCUGCAACCAGAGGGAGACUUGCUUGUCCGAUAUAAAACGAGGAAUACACACUAGGACUUUGAGAUAACAUCAAAACACAUUUUUAUGUACAUUUCAGCACAUGCACAUUGUUUAUAAGCUGUCUAUAUGCCCUUUUUACUUUUGUAUUCUAUAUUUAUAUCAUGCAUUAUGUAAUUAUUUUGUUAUUUAACAAUAAAUGUAAAUAAUAUAUUA